AUGCCUUCAAACGAAUCUUUCAGUCACUCUUCGCCGCCGACGGAUACGCCGGCGAAUUGGGUUUCUAUUCUUGAACAGCCUUUGUUCACACCCCGAAAGCUUCGUCUGGUCUGCAUUGGUGCAGGGUUUUCGGGCUUGAUUCUUGCUCACAAGAUCAAACAUGAGCUAAAGAUGGACGAUAUGAUCGAUCUUCAAAUUUAUGAGAAGAACCCUGAGAUCGGGGGCACCUGGUUCGAGAAUCGAUACCCAGGAGCUGCCUGUGACGUCCCAGCACAUGUUUACGUAUUUCCAUUUGAACCCAACCCAAACUGGUCGUCCUUUUACGUUCACGGUCCAGAGAUUUGGCAAUACAUGAAAGACACUGCUGUCAAGUGGGGACUUGAGAAGUUUGUCUCAUUCAAUUCUCGGGUCAACGAGACCGUUUGGGAUGAUGAAGUUGGUAAAUGGAAAAUCAAAGUCGAUUAUUCGGGAAAUACAAUCUCCGACGAAUGCGACGUUUUGGUCAAUGCCUCUGGCUUUUUGAACAAAUGGUCAUGGCCCACUAUCGAAGGACUUGAAGAUUUCAAAGGAAAGCGUCUUCAUACCGCUGCUUGGGAUGAGUCGUAUGAUUGGACAGGUAAGAGAGUAGCCAUUAUUGGCAAUGGAUCCUCUGCGAUUCAACUCCUUCCAGAAAUUCAACGAACCGCCAAGGAAGUUGUCAACUACAUUCGCAAUCCAACUUGGAUCGCUACAAACUAUCUUCAAGAGUUCGCCGAAAACGGAAAGUUUGUUUACACAGAGGAAAAGAAGAAGGAACUUCGAGAGAAUCCUGAAAUGCUUUUCGAAAUGCGCAAAAAGUUGGAGCAUGGAUUCAACCAGUUCUUCCAUUCGAUGAUUGAUGGAACUCCUGCACAAAAGGCAAUGGAUCAAACCUAUCGCAAGAAGAUGGAAGAUGCUCUUGGAGGCAAUCCCGAACUUAUCCAGCGAUUGGUCCCCGAAUUCAAUGUCGGCUGUCGGCGUCUGACUCCUGGGGACGGUUAUCUCGACGCAUUGCACGAAAAGAAUGUUCGUGUUGAGUUGACCCCCAUCUCUCGGAUCACCGAGACGGGAAUUGCCACCGAAAAUGGCCCAGAGGACUAUGACCUGAUCGUGUGUGCCACUGGAUUCGAUGUCAGCUUCCGUCCUUCGUGGAACCUUGUGGGGCGAAAUGGCGUGAAACUAUCAGAUGCAUGGAAGGUGGAGCCCAAGGGGUAUUUCGGAAUGUGUGCUGCUGACAUGCCCAACUAUUUUAUCUAUGCUGGUCCGAAUUCCCCCGUUGCACACGGUGUUCUCAUGGGAUCCAUGGAUGCGAUGACUUUGUAUAUCCUGAAAUGGUGCCGGAAGAUCGCCACGGAAGAUAUCAAAUCUAUUACUGUGAAGCCUGAAGUGGUAGACGACCUGAGCGUUUGGUCUCAAGAAUUCCUCAAACGAACCGUAUGGGCCGGAGAGUGCCGAAGCUGGUAUAAGAACAGCAAUACCAAGGGAAAUAUCACAGCUCUCCAUGCCGGUAGCGUCAUCCAUUACAGAGAAAUGCUUCAUGACCUACGGGGCGAGGACUUCGACAUCAAGUAUAGGUCACGAAAUGAGUUCCGAUUCCUCGGAAAUGGAUUCACGCAAAGAGAUGCUAAUGGGGACGAUCUUGCAUACUACCUUAAGCGAUAG